AUGGCAACUGGUAAAAUCAAUGAUAAUCUGAAAACGAUUAGAAAAUUGUACAAAAAGACAGAAGAAUUGAAUGAAGAAAUUAAAAAUGUUAUAAAAGAUAUCAAGCCUAUGGAAUUCGAAUCAUAUGCAGAUUAUUUUUUAAUACAUACUUUUAAGAGUGGGAUUUCUGAAAGUGGGAGAGUUAAUCUUGAUGGGUUAAGAAAGAGAGAACAAUCAAUAUAUUAUAAGAGAAUUAGGAAACCAAGCGAACAAAAGAUAGAUGAAAAUAUAUCCUUACCACCAAAGAGAACACCCUCAGAGGAUUCAUCUACUUCAAUUACACCAGCACAGACAGUAUCAUCUUCUGAUAAAGAAGAUGUGCCAGAAUCAAAAAUCGAUGGAAAUGGUGCAGGUAAUAAGACAGUAAAUAAUGUUUCAGCUGAGAUAUCUCUAACUAGUAUAAUUUCUUCAGAUGAUAUCCCAAAUGAUGGUGACCAUAAUAUUAGGAGAUCUUCCAGAAUAUCACAAAAGGAUCGUGAAGAUAAACUAAAGAGAGAACAUGAAAAGAUAGAAGAGGAUGCUCAACAUUCUGUUUCAAGAAAGAGACAUAGGGGACCUGGUAGGCCACCUAAAACUAGUCAUAUUGAUAGCAAUGAUGAUGAUACUGAUGGUAAUUUCGACUCUACCACAUAUUCUAGUAACGUCGACGAAACACCUGAUUCAGAACUUAUCGUUAUUAAAGAUUUAUUUGAAAAUUUGGUUCCAAAAAUUAGAAACCCUCAACGAAGAUCGGAUUGGGUUCUCCCACCUAAAAUGAAAUAUGUGCAGGAAAAGCAAUUACACACAAGACCGGAAUAUAAAUCUAUCAAAAUUCAUGAAUUGGUUAGUACUGACAGAAUGAGUACAAUAUUGUCGCGUUUUGAAGGUGGCCUAGCUGGUGUACGUAAGUAA